CCGUCCCCUGGAGCUACGCAGGCGCAGAGCGGCGCAGGGCCGCGGCGGCCGCUCCCUGGCUGGCAGUGCUCGCUAAGAUGGCGGAUUUCCUGCCAUCGCGGUCCCCGCUGUCGGGCUGCUUCCCGGGCUGCCUGCUCAACAGCAGCGAGGCGGAGCAGCAGCGAAAGUCCAAAGAGAUCGACAAGUGCCUGUACCGCGAGAAGACCUACGUCAAGCGGCUCGUCAAGAUCCUGCUUCUGGGCGCGGGCGAGAGCGGCAAGAGCACCUUCCUCAAGCAGAUGCGCAUCAUCCACGGGCAGGACUGGGACCGGGCCGCUCGAGAGGAGUUCCGCGCCACCAUCUACAGCAACGUCAUCAAGGGUGUAAGAGUCCUUGUGGAUGCUCGAGAGAAACUUCAUAUUCCUUGGGGAAAUCCUUCUAACCAAAGAAAUGGUGACAUGCUGAUGGCCUUUGAUACCCGCUCAGGAGUGGUGGCGCACGGAAUGGUGGAGACCCAAGUUUUUUUGCAGUUCCUUCCAGCAAUAAGAAGCUUGUGGGCAGAUAGUGGUAUCCAGCAUGCCUACGACAGACGCAGAGAAUUUCAACUGGGGGAAUCUGUGAAAUAUUUUCUGGAUAACUUGGAUAAACUUGGAGAACAAGACUAUCUUCCCUCCCAGCAAGAUAUUCUACUGGCACGAAGACCUACAAAAGGGAUUCAUGAGUAUGAUUUUGAGAUUAAAAAUGUUCCCUUCAAGAUGGUUGAUGUAGGUGGCCAAAGGUCAGAGCGAAAACGUUGGUUUGAAUGCUUUGACAGCGUCACUUCUAUAUUGUUCCUGGUUUCAUCGAGUGAAUUCGACCAGGUACUUAUGGAGGAUCGACUAACAAAUCGCCUUACAGAAUCUCUGAACAUUUUUGAAACUAUAGUCAACAACCGGGUUUUCAGCAAUGUCUCCAUAAUCCUCUUCCUAAACAAGACAGACUUACUUGAGGAAAAAGUGCAAAAAGUGAGCAUCAAAGACUAUUUCCCAGAGUUUGAAGGGGAUCCCCACAACUUAACAGACGUCCAAAAAUUCCUGGUGGAUUGUUUUCGCACGAAACGCCGGGACCAGCAGCAGCAGAAGCCCUUGUACAACCACUUCACCACUGCUAUUAAUACAGAAAAUAUCCGCCUGGUAUUCCGUGAUGUAAAGGAUACCAUCCUUCAUGACAACCUCAAGCAGCUCAUGCUACAGUGAUGCGCAGCAACAACAAAAAACUUUGAUUUGUGUUAAUAGUUUACAGCAGGAGUUGGAAAAAGGUCUUGUCCGACCUCACGAUGUGUGGGGUAAAGCUGCUGCUGUUCCAGUUAAUUGCCAACUUCUCUCAAAAUUCAGGCUUAAAUCUUUUCCGCUAUAUCUCGUGUCUUGAAAGAGUUUUCAUUUCUUAACAGACCUCAACUUUUUUAAAGCUAACUCACAAGUUUUAACCUCUUCCCUCUUUUCAGCCUGACGAAGCCUGUACUCCAAUAACAAGUAACUUGUAGACAUGCAGUUUAAAGAAUUUACUUCGGAAACUUGAUUAAGUUUAAAAAGCAGUUUUGGCAUGUGAAAGGGCUAUAGAAGAGAUUUGUAUAACUCUGGACUGCUCUCCAAGCUUGGCCAACCACCACCGUCAGUUCUUUGUGGCAAAUAGCUCCACCCUGUCAAAUAAUUAAGCUGUCUUUGAAGUUUACAAAUGCAUUUUUGCUUCCAUGCCAAUAUAGGAUGUUCGCCAAAUGGUACCAGAAAGGAGGUCCGCUACCCGGGAAUUUUUUAAUCAAAAAGAAUCAUGCAAAGGGACUUCUGAUCUUAAUUGGUCAUUGUUAGAUCAUGUGGUUUGACAAAAAAAUCUAUGCUUUAAGUUUGGAACUAACUAGCUUAAAUCGCACAGCUGUUUGCAGCUUUAGAUGUCUGCCAGUUGCUGUGAAUUAACUGUUUUAAGAAUGUUCCUUGAGGAUUGUUGUUGUUGUUCAGUUAGCUCAUACAUUAUGGUUUGGAUGAUGGAGGAAACCAAGCAAGAGAUUUGUUUCUGUUAAGCAGCAGCAGUGUUUAUAGAUGUCAGGUGCAUCUAUAGUGUUGACAAUACUGAGAAUGCACAUAACUGUAUUAACAUACAGGACUGAAUAUUAUAUUGCUGGCCAAAAAGGCAGAAAGUGAUUAUCAAAAAUUAUAAGGGAACUGAAUGAUAACCUUGAAAUGCCAUAUUGCAAGACAGUGAAAUUUUAAAAGGCCUCCACUUUCCACCUCAGUUGCUGCACACCUCAAUAACUCAGCCUUGUAAGCACCUCAUUCACUGAAAACACAAGAGUUUUGUGGAACUAACUGCCUUUUUUCAUCUCAAUUCUGAGGAGGCUAGUGACAUUUUUGAUUUCUCAGGUGUUGGUUUAAAAGCCCAUAUGCUACUAGUUACUCUGGAUUUCCAAGUUAACUGUAAACAUAACUUUAUGCUAUGCUUUAAAGGGAACAUCUACAAAAGCAAUGGAUACUUAUGCCUGUUCUAACGCUUUACUCUCAUAAAUGUUUUAAUGGUUAACAUGAUCAGAGAUUAGCAGCACAGUCCCCCCUUUUUUUGUUACACAGGCCAAAUUUGAUGCAUUGCUAUUGUAAUUCCGUAAUCUUUGUGGAAGGAAGUCAGUCAGCAAAAUCCAUAGGUUUGAAACCAAUUUAGUUUUGCUGUCUAGAUCCAGGUAACUUGAGAGCUCGUGCCAAUUAAGUGCUUUAAUAGAACAGGCUCAGUGUGGAAUAGUGAGCCUAUUACAGCAUCAGAAAACACUGUUAAUUGAUGCAGAAUCCUUUAACCUAAAGUGCCUCUUAAUUGCUUUUCCUUGCGGUGGCCUUAACACAAAUGCCAAUGUUUCAGAUUGUGGCCUUCUGUGGGGUGGGGUGGGGACUCCAUUGCCAGGUUAAACUUAGCUACAGCACAGAGAUGUUGCAUAUUUGCUAGAAAAUACUAAAAAUAAAAAUGAAACCACCCACUCAGAUAUUCUGAAGUGUAACAGUAUAGGUGUAGGUGUUCUGAGGAUAAUAUUUCUCCCACUCCUGUAUUCUUUCAGGAGUCAAUCAAAAUCGGUAUGCAAAGCGCUUUUUGAUAGUCUUCUAAGUAAUAUAUAGUUAAGGGCAGUAUUUGUUUUUAAAUGUGUUAACAAAUCAUGAUUUAUGUGGAACUACAAGCAAAUAGGAAGAAACAAAAUGGUUUCAUUGGUUCAGUUUUAUAAUAUUGCUAAUGGGUGUAGUUUUUAAAGUGCGUGGUGCACAAAUUUUCCAUUGUACUCCAGAAGAAUUGCUAGAAGUGGAGAGAUUUGGAGUAUUUGGAUUUUUUAACCAAAAGGAGACAUUUGGGGGUGGGGCUGCAAAUUUAAUUAAGGGAACUAGGGAGGAGAGGGUGGUCCUUUCCCCGCUGGCAGCUUUCCCACUCAGUCUCACACAUACACAGCUGCUUUUCCUCCACAGCUUGGUGGUGGGGGUGUCAUUUUGAUAGGAAAAUCAGCUAGAGGAAAAAGAGUGAAGCAGCCCCUGGCUACUCAUCCACUUAACCAUUCAUGGCAACUUCAAAAAAAGUCAUGGGAAAGAUACACACAACUGUGUGUCACGUCUAGUUUGGUAGAACCUUACAUUUUCAGAUGUCACCUUCAAAUACAGGGCUGGUUUGUAAGAACACUUUUUCUCAAGUGUCGCUUAACAAAAUGCUUCCAAAUUUCUUUUGCAAAUUCCGGGAUUUGUAUUUAAGUAAAAUUAGAGAGUAGAAUUUUCAUUCUAACCUCCGUGGAAUAAACAUGGAGUGAUCUUGCAUAUAAUAUUUUAGACUGCAGCAAAAAUCUGAAAUAAAACAUUUAAUGUCAAAAUUCUUUUAAAAAUUCAGUAGAAAAAUUAAGGCAACUGAUCUUUUUAAACAACAAAAAACCAGUCUUAACUUUAGCCUCAUGCCUUAUUUUGGAGUAGCAUUGUAUAAACAGCCACUUUUCAAAGCUUAAAGAACCCUCUUUUCUCAAUGAAGUGCAAGAUGGGACUACUGCUGCCCCACUCUCAGGCUUCUUGAAAAGUUCACUGCAGUGUGGGAGAGCAGUUUGAAGAACCCAAAAACUAGAGGGAGACUUUGAAAACAGACUUUGAAGACAAGGUGAUGGUUGCACACUCUCAAGAUGCUUUUCACUUAAACCAAAUGUGAUUUUCUUGUAAGAUUAUUUGGAAACAUCUUAAGAAGAAGCCUAGGUUGAAUCCAGACUUGGUCAUAUUUGGAAAAUUAUGGGACUCUUCCCAUAAUGAUUUCAGUGGAUCUGUUCUAAGCAUGACUAAGUCCACAUCCAAUUCAUUGGGAGCAAAUUCUUGCUUGAGCCCCUGAUUAGAUUUUCUUUGUGCUAGUGUCAACUGCACAAAGACCAGUUUUUUUAAUAGGCCUUUUUCUGGUACCACAACAAAGACAUCCCUAAGACCAGACUUGUAAAGAUGACACAGCAUUGUAAUACUGCCAUUUGCAGUUUUCUUUUAUCUUGUACUUGAAAGCAAAUUGCCACUUACUUAAAACUGCUUUCUCAUUCUUCAAGAACAUUGAGAGCUUACAUUCUAGAAACCUUUUCUCUAAAAAUAUAUUUGGUAACAACCUCACAUAAUAUUUAUCUAAUGAAACCAGGAUUUGUAUUAGCUUUGUAUAAAUGUGGGGUGUUUUGUGGCUUUACAUUUUUUUUAUAUUUGUAACUUUUGUAACUUUCCAGGGACUAAGAGAAUCUGCUACUUUGUAAAAAAAAAUCCCUCUUGCCUUAGUUCAGCAUCAGCAAUAAAUUAUUUCUAAAGGUCUUAAAGGCAUAAUUUUAAAAUGGUUCGGUUACUAAUAGACAAAAGCCUCUUUGAGAUUUACGUUGCUCUCUGUACAUACAUUGCAGGUGUUCCAACUAUUAAUAUUUGCCUUAUGUAAAUUACUGACGGUAAAUAAACAAUAUACAUCCUCA